AUGGAUAUACUUACCACGCAAUCCAUUUUCAUGAUUUGUUUUCUCAAGGGGAAGAUUCAUACACACAGAAGUAUAAGAAAUCAGGAUUAUAUAACUGGUACAAUUGGAGCUACAUGCCAAUCUCAUUCAUCACAAAUAUAUACUGAAAAGUAUAAAAUCACCAGAACGAAAGGAAGCAAAAUGCAGAACAACUUCAGUGCCAAAGCAAGAUGCAGAUCAGCAGCUUAUAAAGCUGCAUCAUCAUCAGGAGCACCGCAGUCUCCCGAAGUUUUAAGCAAUUUCUGGAAGGAAGAAGGCGUCGCCUCGAUUGAUAAUAGGGGCGACACCAUCCUUCACUUUCUUGCCGUAAACGGUAACUUGAAAGGUUUCGAAAUUCUUGAUCCUUUGAGCAGUAAAGAUCUCGAAACUAGGAACAAUAAUGGAGAUACACCGUUGCACGAAGCUGCAAGAUUUGGUAAAAAGGAUAUGGUGCAGUGGAUUUUGAGAAUUGAGAAAGACUUGGUUUUUGUGCAAAACAAUUUAGGAGAGACACCACUUUAUGUUGCAGCUGCAAGUGGGGAGAAAGAAGUAUUUGAUAUUUUGGCAAACUGUGAUUUCAGUAACCUCAGCAUGAAGAGGAAUGAUGGAAAAACUGUGCUUCAUGCAGCAGUAGCUCAUGAUUGCUAUUCAGAUCUGGCAAUAUAUAUAGUGAAUCGCUAUCCUGAAAUUGUGAACGAACGUGAUGAUGAGAAUAUGACUGCUUUGAAUAUGUUGGCUACAAAGAGAUUGUCAUUCAGGAGUGGAUCCAACUACUUGUUUGCAGAAAUAGGCAAAACACCUUCUGUUCCUGUUCAAAUGAUUGAAACUAUCAUCUAUUCUGCAGGUAUUCCAUCGUUAUAUAAAGAAUCAAAACUUGGCGCUAACAUUGUUCGCGUUGAGAGGUGUUCGUUUACCAAGUCUCUAUUAGGUAAUUCCUGGUUACAAGCUAUUGAUGAAGCAAAGCAAAAGCAUAUACUCGCACUAAAAUUAGCAAAAAUGUUGGUAGAAAAAUAUGAGUGCAGCUAUACUCACACUGUGCCAGAUCCACUAAUACAAGCAUCAAGAAAUAAAAUUGAUGAGUUAGUGGUGGAAAUUUUGCAAAAAUACCCUGAAGUUGUGGAGACAUUGGAUGAAAAAGGGAGGAACAUAUUUCAUAUGGCAGCAGAGCACAAAAACAGAUUUUUGUUUGAUUAUUUGCUCAAAAAAGUGGCUAGCAAAAAUAGAAUGCUGGCAGACAUUGAUGAAAAUGGGAAUACAAUUUUGCAUUAUGCAGCAAAUGUUGGGACACCAUUUUAUAUAUCAACCACAGAGCAUAUUGAAAGUGUGUGGUGUGUGAUGUCUGUGUUAAUGAUGAUGUGGGGAGUCCUUUGGUUUAAGUACAUAAAAUACAACGUAAAUCCAUGCCUUCGGGAUGUUAAAAACUCAAAAGGCUUAAAAGCAGAAGAGAUAUUCGAGAAAAACCAUUUACACGUACGAAAAGAAGCAGAGACAGCAAUUAGAAAUCUAUCAAAUUCUACACUUGUACUUUCUACUCUCCUUUGUACCAUCAACUUCGCCGCGAUUUUCACGGUCCCCGGAGGUUUUGAAGAGAGAACUGGCCUACCUAUUCUCCUUGACAAAGUACAGCAGGAACUAUGGAUGUUGAUGUUUUACUUAGGUGCAGCACUUUUUAGUUCAGUAUUCACCAUGGGCACUCUAUUAUCAUUUCUUCUUUGCAAGUUCUACAGCAGUGAUUUCUACAUAUCUUUGCCCAUAAAGAUCAUAAUUGCUAUUAUUUCAAUUUUUUAUGCAACAGCAUUUACAAUCCUAGCCUGCCUUCAAGCCCUUAACCUUGAGAAUAUAUUCUUGAACAAAGAUGUUUGGUGGCUUAUUAUAGCUGUUUCAGCUGUUGGCUUCAUUAUGACUCUUAUUUAUGUAGACUUGGCAUAUCCUAUCUUUGAUUACAUGUACUAUUUGGUUUUUUAUUCAUUUUUUGUAUCCUAUAAGAGAGGACUACAUGUAAAUUGAAAGUUUCAACCACAAUAUAUUGCAAGUUAAUUUCAAGUA